AUGUGCAAAGGACCUCACAGAGCUGGCUCCUCGAACAGCCGAACCCUCCCGUCUCAUUCUCUCGCUCGACGCCGCCCCGAACACACACACCACCUCCUCUUCUCCUCCCGCGGUGUCCGUCAGCCUCCGAAAGACACGAGGCUCUUUCAUUCGUUUCGGUCUUUCGAGUUUCUUCUUCGGUCCCGUCAGCAUGUGGGGAUUCGGUCUGGCGCUCCUCGGGGUCUGGCUCUCGCGCGGGCUCAGCAUGGCGUCGAGGAACCUAAAGACACGCAGAUCCUGGAAUCUCGUCAGGGGCUCCCAUUUCUUCAGGGACUUACUCCUAGCCCUUUGCUCGGAAUCCAAAACCCUCUGCAGCAGCUGCUUCUCGGCCAGAACCCUCUGCUUCAGGAACUUCAGGGACGACAGAACUUGGGCAUCCCGGGAGCAGGAAUCCUGCCCGGAUUAGCUGGUCUCGUGGGAAAUUCCCCCGGGAUGGGGCUGCUGCAGCUUUUGGUGCAGGGCCCACAGGCUCUCAAUAGACUCGGCGCCUUGUCCCUCGGAGUGAGCCCCUUGGCACAACUGGCAGCCCUGAGGCAGUCAGACUUGCAAGCAAGACUCCAGCAGGGUCCAGGUUUCCUUGUGCCUGGGAGAUCCGGGGAAGAUCAAGAGUCUGUGCAGGAUCUUAUCAACCUGGCUCACGUUCUUGGCGUAGGGGGACCCAGCGACUUCCGAAGCGAUGACAGAUUCAGCAGAAAUCCGUCAAUUUUCUCAGAACGAAAGGGCGUCCGUGAAGACGAUCUGUCAACGCUUCUGCAGAGACUGAACGCCUACCCUGAUCCCACCCGCUCAGUGCGCUUCCCGCGCGGGGAGAGCACCCACGGCCUCCUGUCAGAGAGCGGGCGAUCCAGCGGAGUGGGAUCCAGCAGGUACCUCCAGGAACUCACGGGUCUGGAGAGGAGCGACGCGAGGUCGUCCUCCAUCGGCCGCAUCGGAAGCGUCGAGUCGCAGCCCAUCUUCGUGAGGGAGCGGCGACGCCAGUCCGCAAAGACGGAGGACUCCGGGGAGAACUUCAGAUUCCCCAACUACAGCUGAGUCGACCCGCCAGGGAUCGCCGCAGCAAGUCCUUUCGCUCGCACGGACUUCGCAGAGCCACAGCAAACACUAGGGUUCGCUGAAGGAGGUCUGAGGACUAGAGAAGGGUCCCCUAUGCCCUUUGACCCCUAGAGGAGAGGAUCACAGGAUCCAAACGCUCCGAGGUCCUUACUCUUACUGCAGAUCGGCGUUAGCACGUUGAUACUGCAAUCUAUCUUUACCUUGUUUUAACUUUUAGUGCACUGUAACUGAAGUUUAUAUAGCUGGUGAUGGCAUUAAUUUUUAAUACCAUUAUAUAUUUUUAUUA